AUGGAGCAACGUGGCGGUGUAUCGCGGAGUGAGGAGGGGCAAGCGGAUUACUUUAUGUUGCACAAUCGUCGAUGUAUGUGGAACAGCGAGUGUUACACCACCGCGCCCUUAACUACGGCAAUAAAUAUGUUCAAUCUAUGUACAGAGCCUAAAGGGAACGUUGCCGCCACAGUCCCGGCCCUGGCCGCGCUCCCCGCGCCCUGGAGCAGCGGGGGAGGGCGCAGCCGGCUAUCUGCAGUGGCUGAGAUACCGCGAUACCAUCCCCGAUACCGGCUAAUUAUCAGAUACAAGGCCUACAGAUUUGAUUACGAGAGCGCGUAUCUGCUCGACGACUCAUUACAGUCUACACAGCGCUGGCGCAACACCGCGCACACGCGCCCCUCAGGACCGCUAAGCCACCCUCGGGUUAGAUGCACCAUGCGGAGCGGAGGGUGA